CCGUAACCCAGGGUCGUCUACCAAAAGACUGGAAGAACGCCAUAAAAAUCUACGAGGACACUCCAAAAAAGUUCACAAGCCCAGAACGAAUUACUUGUCAGCUGACUACCGACUUUCCCAUCGAAUAAUCAACGAGUGGAAUUCAUUACCUCAGCACGUGGUUGAGGCUCCAUCCGUCGACUCCUUCAAAAGAAAGUUGGAUCAGCUGAGAGGCCAUCAUUGCCAGGACUAACACAGGCCAUCAAGCCUCCUGUCCUUUCCAAACUGAAACUGAAACUGAAGACUUCAUGAUAUCAGUCUUCAGUAAUAAAGAUAGGAUGUAUAUUAACUUAUAUUAAUCCUUGCAGUUUGUUACACUGUAGAGGUCCAAUCUCGUUUUGAAUAUAUCGACAGAAAAUGCCGAUAUUACGUGUUUUGGUAAAGAAUUCCGGUAAUUCAUUACUCGGUGCGAGAAACGGAAAUCCAGACGUAGACGAUUUGAUCUCGGUUUUUGGACUUUCUUCGAAUGUCCUCUCUAAUCGUCAGUCCUAGACCGAAAGAAAAGAUAGGAUAUAUUAGUACCAAGGUCAUCGUUCGGGAUACGAUAAGACAAUAUUAGAUCAUCCCGUAUUCUACGGUAAGAUAACGGAAAUAAGUUGAGGUGUCUCAGUCUGCCUCUCAAUCGACAACAACGAAGUAAUCGUAUUCAUCCUUUAACUUCCCAUAAGCCCGAAAAUGACAUCGUUAUAUUCGUUCAAUUCCCCCAGUCUUAUUUACUUCUUGAUAUUUUUCUUUAUAGUUUUCCCCUAUUAGCAUUACGUUCCCUCUUAAUCCUUAAUUAUUGACUGUAUCUCACUGUGAUGAUGUGAAGUGUAGCAGCUUAAUUUUUGGCUCAUCUAUUUUGUGUUUCACAUUGUAUUACUUCUGUCGGCACUGAGGAAAGCAACUUCAAUCAUUCGCCAUAUCCGUAAUCACUCAGUCAAGAAGUCAUAGAUGUACCAAUCAUAGUGCCAUAUCUCUUAUCAACACAGUAAGUGGGGGUUAACAUGACUACAAACUAAGCGUGAAAGAUACAAUCCAAAUGAGAUCGAAACAUAGGAAGUACAAAGUGACACCCUAGUCGCUUUAAUGGUCAUUAACAGUUGUCCGUUGCUACCUAUCCCUUUGUUUGUCAUCACUGACCAAGACAAUUGUGCAGACUUCUUGUCGGUCUAAAUUGGAAUUUUCUUCACUGCUUAUUGUAUUCGAAGAUUACCAGCAUGAGUUUUCGAGUAUCUGCUAGAUAAGUAUACCGCUUUUAAGUUCAGUGGGAUUACCUAACUUUAGUUCAGGAUGUAACAUACUUCACUUUUGUCUCAACAGUUUAUUGUAUUUCAUACCAGGUUAGAUUAAAACAAACAUUCUGUUUAUAUCAGACUAGGUGUCUAGCUAGUUAAAUCAUAAAAAUAUAGUAGUCCUACUUCCAUCUUUGAGGUAAGAGUUUAGAGAACUCAUUCUGUUGCAAUGUUCCUGAAUCUAAUAACGUGUGGCGAUAUACGUUAUCGCACGAAAACAAUCAUGAUCCAGAAAUGUGCUCCGGAAAUAGAGACAGUUUUUUGUUACACGUUUCUGACAAUUACUGGUUGUGAUAUCUGCCCAUGAUUGAGUCCUGUAGUCAGUUAAUUCAAUGACUUGGUAAUAUGUUUCUUUGACUUUCCAUAGCUUCUGAUUCGCUCAUAUACAAGCUGGCAUUGCUGAUUAAUGUAGCCUCUAGAUAAGUGCAUGUAAAUUGCCGCAUCAGAGAUUCAUAGCUUGGUAAAUGUUUACUUAUAACUGCAUAACUAACGUCAAUAUUAAUCACUGUGAUUCCGUCAUACUACGCAAAUGGUCCGAAAAUCCUUACAAUCGACUACUUGCAAUGUACAAAUAUUUCCUAACUUUAUCAACCAUGUUCACCGGUAUUGGACCAAUACAGACCAGGCUCAAAGACUAUUGUCAUUCUAGCAAACAAAAACAUCUGCCCCCAAUUCGGCACUAGUUGGCUAAAGCUGAACAAACAUCGUUUUAAGCUGUUACUUCAACUUUUAGUUUGAGAAAUGAGUUUUUUCCUAUAGUGUGCAUCGUUUUGUAAUUUGAUUUUUACCAAAUUCAUAAAUCACAUUUGAUAAUGUUUGUUUUCAAUAUAAUUUGUCAUGUAUCUGUCGUACUAACCUGGUUUUGUAGACUAAAUUGUAGUGUCCAGUCAAAUCAAAUUCAUUCUGCUCUUAUGGUUAUUCUCAAUGGAUUCAGUAGGCCUGUAAACCAACUGCCUCAUAUUUUUCUGAGAACUAAUGUCCUAAACACACGUGCUCACUUAUUUGAAGUAUUCUUCCGGCGAGUUGCUCUUGGUUAUAUUCGUGUGUUUCCUUUGACCGCUCGUCGCAUCAUUGAAUUCGGGUUUUUGGUACAGGCUGUUUUCGUACUAGUUGUAUUCAUGCAUCUUCACUUAACAUUUGUAAAAUCUCCAGUAACGUGUUUGGAUAAUUUACGUAGUGAAUUUCAAAGCAUAAAGUCUGGUUCAGGUGUAUCUUUUACCUCCAGAACUAUGGAUACUAAUUAUUGGUCGAAAGGUAAUGGAUCAGAUUCUUUUUUACGACGUUCAUGGCCUAACUAUGGUGUUUUACGUAUCGAAGUCAUCCGUUCUCCUGAUCCAUUCUAUUCUCUUGAAGACUCAUAUGCGAAAGAGUUUUACGGUACUGAAACUGAUUAUCGUUUUGAAGCCAAGAAUGAAAAGACACCACAGACUAACGAGUUGGGUAAACAUAUUGCCUAUAUUCCAAAAACUUCAAAGUAUUCAGUAGCUUAUUUUGCUGAGAAUAUCAUCCCCGAACAUCAGGACUUCUGGAGUUCAAUUUUGUCUUUGCCAUUCAUUGCAUAUGGAUCCAUCAAAGAAGAUUUUAACCACUUUUUAAAUUACUUAUACGCUGGUAAUCGAGAGCGAACAUUUUCUUUUGAGGAGAAUGAGGAAUAUAUGUCUCCAUACAACGCUAUUAUAACCACUAGAAAUAAACUCAGUCAGUUGUUGCCUGGAAUGAACCGGUUAGUAUUCGACAUCUUUGCUGGUAUCGUUGAUUUUAUUUGCGACAUUCCUAUUCGUAUAUAUGCCUCGUCAGGUCCUGCACCAAACACAAAUGAGAGCUACAUAAUUGAAUAUGCCUUGGAGUAUGGCCUCCUUCGUCUUUCACCGCGGGCCCGAAAUCGGCUUAACGUAACUGUAAAAUUAAUUGUUCUUGACCCAGAAACAAACCCUUGCUUCGGCAGUAAACUCAGUCGUUUUCUCAUGGAAGAGUUUCUCGGUUAUGAAGACCUUUUGAUUGGUAGUGUGAAGUACUUAUCAGCUAGCGAAGGACUGAAAGGUUAUGUGGUAAAUGUAAUGAGCGGACAACAUUAUAAGCUCGUUAUUUCGCAGAUGUCUAGGUCGUCCUACUUUGCUGCUGCUCUGAUCAUGUUACUAUUUACUUUUUGUAUAUCCGUUUUGUUGAGAUAUUCAAGUCAACAGCUUGUGGUUGUAAUAGCUGAUAUUCUCCAAAUGUUUGAAACGAAUACUUCGUUUGGGAUCCCUGUUGCCCCAUUUAUGACAGUUAUUCUAGCUCUUGUUGCCAUGGAAACUAUCAUGUCUGAAUUUUUUGGAGACUCAAUCACUGCGUUUUAUGUUAUUCUCAUCAUAAGCGUUUGUGAUCACUAUGAAGCUGUAUUUUGUCGUACUGAGUUGAGCAAACGAUAUUGGCCAAGAUACUUUUACUUGUAUCAUUUUGGGUUUUAUGCCUACCAUUAUCGUUUCAAUGGGCAAUUCAGUGGUGUUGCUCUUUGGGUUUCCUGGCUAUUUAUAUUGCAUUCAAUGAUUUAUUUCUUCCAUCACUACGAAUUACCUAACCUGCUUAGUGAUUGGGAACUCCGUGAAUUCGUUUCUAAUAAUCACGUUGUAGGUCAAAUUCAUCUACAGGUUUCUACACCAUCAUUAUCUGUCCGAAAUAGUCAGGAUGCUUCCAAUCUAAACCGUUCUAUCAACUCUCAUGAACAAGCAGAGUCGUCAGGUGACUUAACAACUACUGUCGAGGACUCAGGCAAUCUCGAGCCAAAUGAAUUACCUAACAAUAUUUUCAUAGUUACAAGUUCAGUACCUAGUUUUAGUGAGGUUUAUGGUGGAAUCGAAACUAAUCAAGGUGAUUUACUUUCUAAUAGUACUGCAUUAACUGAGUCUCCCACAAAUUCUGCCAAUUUAAAUCACUCAGAAUAAUAAUUUAUGAUCUAUUAACAUUUGUACUUUUGUUAUUUUGUGUUCAUUUAAUGUAAUAUUCCAUCCCUCCGAUUUUUCAUAUUUAUGCUAGAAAAUUGAGGUUUAUCGGUACUUGGAUCUAGUAAACGGCUGGAAAAAGAGAGUCACCUA